AGCUAAAGUAAAGGCCCACUGUAACUGUCUCGUAAGUUUCUCUGGCAAGAGCUGGCCAUUCUCAGGAACUGUGAACUUCUCACUUGAGAAGUAAGGGUUAAGGAACCCAGGAAACCAUCAGGGAUGAUGAGCUCCAGGCGAGAGCUCAAUCGGGCAUGGAGGCUACCUGGAACAAAAGAAGUCAAAUCCACCCUUCACUACAAAAAGCAAGCACAGAGUCCUCAAUGGGAGACAAAGCAAAAUAGUCAAGAGGCAAGCAUAUUUAGGAAUGGAAGGCAUUUGGCAAGGUUGCUGUCGGCAAUACCAGCAUUCUGCAAACACAGGCUGUAUGGCAUUUGGAGAACAUUGCCGAAGGACACUCAUGAACAGACUGGUGCUCAAAUGAAAACUUUUGGAAGGGUAGAGACCUUGAACUUCCGUUCUGUUGGACAACUUGAAUGAAAGGUACAGUGGUCAUUUUUAGGAUCUAAAAAGUUCUGAAAAACCCUGGAGCAAAAUAAAAUUUAGUGAAGAUCAAUGCACAGGUCUUCUCUUGGUUCCAAAAGCACAGAUGGGAGGAGAUAUGGAGGCAAUUCUUUUUUAAAAAAAAGCACCACAUAAAGAGAUAUCAUUUCAUAGGUCUGAGUACAACGAAGCAUAUGCUGCAGUUUCUGGAUGAACCCCUAAGAAGAAAGAAUUUAAUAAACUGAAGGAUAUUGAAAGCAGAGAGGCCAGCAGGGUGGAUGGACUCAGAGCCACACCACACAAGAACAUUCUUUUAACAGAUCACAGCCCCAGGCUUGGAGAAGAGAAGACUCCAGCUGGAUAAGGCAAAUGUCACCAGGUGACUUCUGAAGUAUGGCUCACCACAAUGUUUCAUCCUGCAGUCCUAUACUGACACCCCAUUUAACCAGGCUCUACUUCCUUGUACUCAUUGGAGGGCUGGCGGGCGUCAUCUCCAUUUUGUUCCUGCUGGUGAAUAUGAACACCCGAUCUGUAACUACCACAGCAGUUGUUAACCUGGUGGUGGUCCACAGCGUUUUUCUGCUGACAGUGCCUUUUCGCUUGACAUACCUCAUCAAGCAAACUUGGAUAUUUGGGCUGCCCUUCUGCAAAUUUGUGAGUGCCAUGCUACACAUCCAUAUGUACCUCACGUUCCUGUUCUACGUGGUGAUCUUGGUCAUUCGGUACCUCAUCUUCUUCAAGCACAAGGACAAAGUGGAAUUCUACAGAAAGCUGCACGCCGUGGCUGCCAGUACCGGCAUGUGGCUGCUGGUGAUUGUCAUCGUGGUACCUGUGUUUGCGUCUCAGUAUGGAACUCACCAGGUGUAUGACGAGCAACACUGUUUCAAAUUCCACAAAGAGCUUGAUCGUGUAUAUGUGCGAGUUAUCAACUAUAUGAUAGUUACUGCUGUCAUAGCCACUGCAGUGGUUCUCCUCGUCUUCCAGAUCUUCAUCAUCAUGUCAAUGGUGCGGAAGCUAGGCCACUCCUUACUAUCCCACCAGGAGUUCUGGGCCCAGCUGAAAAACCUAUUUUUUAUAGGAGUCAUCUUUGUUUGCUUCCUUCCCUACCACUUCUUUAGGAUCUAUUACUUGUACACGGUGGCACACUCACGUGACUGUAAUGAUACUGCUGCAUUUUAUAAUGAAAUCUUCUUGAGUGUAACAGCAAUUAGCUGCUUUGAUUUGUUGCUCUUUGUUCUUGGAGGAAGCCGCUGUAAGCAAAAGAUAAUUGACCUACGGAAUUGCCUCUUGUGCCGUUAGCCACAAACUUCAGUAUUCAGAACUCUUUUAUACUGGGAGUAGUAAUGGGCAUAGAGAGGUAGGAAGGGUUAUUUCAUUACUUGAUUAAAGCCAUGCCGUAAUGCAGCCAAUCAAAAGGACUAUAAAAUGUCAGAGCGUUCAUUCCAGUCCUUAUUUAAUCCCUACAACCUCUAAAUGAUGCAUAUAGAAAAACUAGUGAUGUUCAGUCCACCUGGAGUUGCAAUACUGCAUUAUUUUCCUAUAUAAAAAGUCUACUUGGCCCAUCUGGGCACCAUAGGUCUAAUGGUUUCUGAGCUUUACCAGCUUAGUUUAGUUUCAUCAGUUUGAAACAUGACCUUAUUUGGGCUUUGGAUUAGAUUCAGCCCUCUAGUUCUUUUCAUUCCACUUAACCUGAGGUAAAUGAGCCCUGGCAAUAAAUCAGCCCCAAAGAUACAAACACCAGUUUGCUGAUGAGAUAAGAUAUCUAUUCAACUCCCACCCUGACAAACAAGAUAAAGGGGGAGAUCAGGAAGAAACUUUUCUAGAUUAUCAUAAUUUUGGUGGGAAGUUACUUAUCUAAAGAGAAACAUGUCCUUAUGACCUUCUGCUUUAACAAGGUUAUCCAGAUUAGUUGAGAGGUCAAGUUUAAGGACAUGGGAUCAACAUCCUCAAUAACUCUAAAAAUCAUUUAAAUCUUACUAAACUAAACAAUGUAACUAAAAUGUUACUAAAUAAUCUAUAAUGUAAUAAUGUAACUAAAUUAAUAACAAUGUAACUAAGAUCAUUUCAAUCUUACUAAAUAAGGGUGAAACGAUAAGUU